GGCGGCCCGCCCCCCGGCACGCGCCGGCGGGCAGCGGCAGUGCGCGUGCGCGCGGGGGGCGCCGGUGGCUGAGCGACCAGGGGGAGGUUAAGUGAUGUUUUCUGAUACUCAAAGAACAAUCAGCACUGCAAUUCCAUGAAUCACAGAACCACAAGAAGUGCAGCUGCCCUCCCUACUUCCAGUUUCCCUUCUUUACUGUAACCUUCCUAGGACCUUUGGCUUCUUCCCUACUGAGUGCACAGUGGGGGGACCCACUGUGGAAUUUGGGGGAGGAAGCACUUUGCUGAUCGGGGGAGCAAUGGCCUUAAGCUUGUAUGUAUUUCCCUUCUUCAAUAAGUUCAGAGUGCUCCUGCUUGUCACUUUGUGUUUGAUGGUGCUAUGGGCUGUGUUCAGUUGCUUUGUGGAUUCUGGACAGACUAUUCCUAAACUUAAGAGUGUGGGGAAGCAUUUUGGAAAAAUCAUCAGCCUGGAGGAGGAAGAGGACAGUCAGAAGGAAGAAAAGAUGAAGUUAACUGAAGAAGUUCCUGCAACAAAGCCACCUCAGGGUCCCUGUCCAGCUCUGUCUCCAUAUCUGCGAGGUACCAGCAAACUGACCUUCAGUCCAUCUCUCACACUAGAAGAAGUACAAAAGGAGAACCCUCAGGUGGCCGAGGGCCGAUAUCACCCUGCAGAGUGUUCAGCAUUGCAGCGUGUGGCCAUCCUCAUCCCGCACCGCAAGCGUGAGAGGCAUCUGCUCUACCUCCUGGAGCACCUGCACCCAUUCCUGCAGAGGCAGCAGCUGGAUUAUGGCAUCUACGUUAUCCACCAGGCUGGCAGCACCACAUUUAAUCGAGCAAAACUGCUGAAUGUGGGAUACUUAGAGGCUCUAAAAGAAGAGAACUGGGACUGUUUCAUUUUCCAUGAUGUGGAUCUGGUGCCAGAGAAUGACUUCAAUAUUUACAUGUGUGACAGACAACCAAAGCACCUUGUAGUUGGCCGGAACAGUACUGGAUACAGGUUACGUUACCAGGGAUAUUUUGGAGGUGUAACAGCUCUAACAAGAGACCAGUUUUCCAAGGUGAAUGGAUUCUCUAACAACUAUUGGGGUUGGGGUGGAGAAGAUGACGACCUUCGAAUCAGGGUUGAGAUGCAGAAGAUGCGAGUGAUGAGGCCAGCUGCUGAUGUAGCCAGGUACACUAUGAUCUCCCACAACCGUGACCUUGGCAAUGAGGAGAACAGCCAGAGGAUGAAGCUUCUGCGCCAGGUAUCUAAAACGUGGAAAACAGAUGGGUUGAAUUCCUGUUCCUAUAGACUGCUGUCAGUGGAACAUAACCCUUUAUACAUCAACAUCACGGUAGAUUUCAGCGCGCAGACAAAGACCUCAAAGGGGUGAACACCACACAGGUUUGAGGAAAUGGCAAUGGAUACCGUUUGUGGUUGGUGGUACAGCAGAUGACUUGCAGCACUCUGCUCAAAGGAGUACCUCAGCAGCACAGAAGAAUGUUUUUCUGCAUGGCAUCUAAUUGAUCAGCAGAGAAGCUCAUUUUCUGAGGACUGGAGACAUGAAACUGACCCACAGGCAGGUCCUGGUGUUCUUCUAUGCACUUUCUGCUGAGAUGUUUGUAAGCUUCUGUGUUUGGGCUGGUCCAGUAGAAGGUCUUAAGUCUCCUGAAAAAAAUAUUUCUUAAAGCUAUUCCUAAACUUCCGGUUUGAAGUAGGAAGGUGACACUACCAAGACUUUAAAAGGAGGAGGACAGUCUUUUCCCCUUAAAAGCACAAGAGUUUUCUACCAUCUAUAAACUUGUUGAGAAAAGCUCAUUUAUUCCAGCCUGAAGAAAAACUGCUUUAGGGGUGGAAACAGCAAUGAUGAAAAUAGGGAAGAAAUGUUAAAGAUCUCUCAAUAAAAUA